CUCGUGAAUGCUCUGCGCCGCUUCACGUGCGUGCAGAGAAUAUCAGUUGUUAGGACAGCGCUGGACCUCUGCCCCACCCGUUAUCUCACCAUAAAUAAAUGCGCGCGGGAGAGCGGACGCCACGCACAGGUGCGAAGGAGUUUCGCGUGCGCUGGGGUUACCGAACGUGAAUAUGUCUGGGUCGGGGUCCGAAUCCAAAACGGAGCUGUGCGAGAUGGGCAGUACCGAGGUGGAGGAGCCAGGGAAGUCAGGGUCACGCCGGCCGCAGGUCCUGUUCGAGCGCUACGUGCAGCCGUGCGUGGCCGAGCUGCUGGGGUGCGCGCUCUUCAUCUUCGUGGGCUGUUCCUCGGUGGUGGAGAACGUGCCCACGACAGGGGUUCUGCAGCCCGCCCUGGCGCACGGACUGGCCCUGGGUAUCGUGAUCGCCGUGCUCGGACAGGUCAGCGGUGGCCACUUCAACCCGGCCGUGUCAGUGUCUGUCUACCUCAGUGGGGGACUACGAAUUGCCCUCCUAAUGCCCUACAUACUGUGUCAGAUGGUAGGCGGGAUGAUUGGGGCAGGCCUGGCUAAGGCAAUUGCAACCCCAGAGUCCUAUGCUAAUACCUCGGGUGGAGCCUUCAACAUAGUGACAGAGAACUCUCAGGUUGUCCGGGCCAUCGUAGCGGAAAUGGUUAUGACAGUCUUCCUCACCAUGACGGUGUGCAUGGGUGCAGUCAACGGCAAGUCCUGCAGUCUGCUGGCUCCACUAUGCAUCGGGUUUACCGUUGCAGCCGACAUCCUGGCUGGGGCGGCGGUAUCUGGAGCAUGCAUGAAUCCAGCUCGUGCCUUUGGCCCUGCUGUCGUGUCUGGGUACUGGGAUUACCACUGGAUCUACUGGGUGGGCCCUUUGGCUGGGGCCCUGUUCACUGCCUGCUUAGUCAGGUUGCUACUGGGAGAUGAGAAAAUCAGAGUUAUUCUGAAGUGACAAACUUUGGGACGGACCUCCAGAGAGACUGUUCUGCAAGACUGCCUUUCCAAUGCUUCCAACAGGCUCCCCUUUUCAUUUUCAUUGUGUCAAAUGCAUUCAAGGCUGAAAUCACAAUCUGUGAUAUUUGUUUGUGAUUGAACACUGUGGCUUGGGCUGAUUGUGUGAUCAGAAGCCAGUGAUGAUCAGGCCCAUGAGUAUGAUUCCAACUGCUAACCUGUGUCACGGUCAAGGCUUUGCCUACACUGAACACUACACUCCUACAGCCACUAGAACAAAAAAAGGCAACAAGCUGUGUAUGAAAGUUCUAAUUUUAUUUUGUUAUCUGUUGCACUAAUUAAAGGUUUGAAAAUUAUAUCAUCAUAUGUUUCUUUUCAUCCUAUGUUUUG